UAUGAUCUGAUGUUGGAGUGUUGGCGAUAUGUAGCGCGUGAUCGCCCUACAUUCCGACAAAUUGUUGAACAUCUCAUACCGCUAGCUAGUGAGCAGUUCCGAGAGGCUUCUUGGAUCUAUAAUCAUCCAACCACUGAAUAUCCGUCAGACACUGAACCUAAUUAUGUACCAGAAGGUCAUGGAAUACGUCCAUUAGCGACAACUGAACCUGUUGAUGAGGCAUUAAUUGAAAAAUGUUACAACAGAGCAGCCGCAGCCAAAGUCAAUCACGACACGGUCGAAAAUGAUUUUUUGAAAAGUGAAUUGCGUACAAAUGUAGUAAAGUAG